AUGAGCGGUCUCCAUCACUACGACACUGCUGUCAGUGAUGUGCUGUCGCAUGAGCGGUCUACAUCCCAGGUCUGGAAGGACCUUGUACCAAAGAUGGCAUUCUCACACGAGUCCCUCAUGCAUGGGCUACUUGCUGUGUCGGCACUUCACUACGUUCAGUACCAUCCCGGUCAACGGAAGGAAUAUAUCCUCAUCUCUUCACACUAUCAAAACCUUGCCCUCAAGAUGUUUGCGGUUAAGCUUCAAGACAUUAAUGAAGAAAACAUUGAGCCCUAUUUUUACCUGGCCACCUUUAUCUUUAUCUUGAGCCUCUGUUCCAUCACUGAACGCCAAGAUUCGCCGUCUCCUGUCACACCGAGUGAGAUCGCCCAGUCUUUCAUGCUGCUACAGGGAGCCAAGUGCAUCUACGAGUUCAAGUCAACGGAGAUAUGGAGCCGUGAUGGGCCUCUGGCACCGCUUGUGGAGCAAGACCAACCCCAAGCUCUGCCUGCAAAGCAGACUGGGGCGUUUCAUGAUCGUAUGGAUCAGCUGUAUGCUCUCGCACGAGGUCUUAGCCCGACCCUCGAUGCCAUCAAUGAGAAGUCAUCGUGCUAA